GAGGCAGUGACGUCACCGGGGCUGUUUCUCGCUCCCUUCCUGCUGCAUCACAACAGCUCGAGUAGCAAUAGUGACCGGGGUGACAGGAAAUUCACAGCCAAUUCAUUGAUAGAAUAACUCUGUUGACGUUGCAGCACUCAACAACAUCCUAACACGGGGUUAACGGACAGGAACUGGUUGCAGUGCGAAAACAACGCUUCAGCUGUUGGGAUAUGGCCAGGCCGGAACAGGUUCUGCUCUUGGAGCCUCAGCACGAACUGAAAUUCCGAGGUCCAUUCUCAGACGUGGUCACCACAAAUCUCAAGCUCUCCAACCCUACAGACAGGAAUGUGUGUUUCAAGGUGAAGACGACAGCGCCGCGUCGGUACUGUGUGCGGCCAAACAGUGGAAUCAUCGAUGCGGGCACCUCAAUCAAUGUCUCAGUUAUGCUGCAGCCUUUUGACUACGAUCCCAAUGAGAAGAGCAAACACAAGUUCAUGGUCCAGUCCGUGCUAGCACCUCCUGACAUGACCGACAUGGAGGGAGUGUGGAAGGAGGCUAAGCCAGAUGAGCUAAUGGAUUCCAAGCUGAGGUGUGUUUUUGACAUGCCAGUGGAGAACGAAAAAACGCAUGACAUGGAGUCCAACAAGAUGAUGUCAUCCAGCUUGCUGAAGUCAGACUCCUCCACGCUGCCUGUGAAGUCAAUGAGCUCCACCCUUGAUGAUGGGGAGGUAAAGAAAAUCAUGGAGGAAUGUAAGAGGCUGCAGAUGGAGGCUCAGAGGCUACGGGAAGAAAACAAACAGAUCAGGGAGGAUGAUGGUCUGCGGAUGAGGAAGAGUAACGUGAUGUCAUCUCAGCACUCAUCCAUUGGCAUGAAGAAAGAUGAGGGGUUGAGUGCCCGCACAAUGCUCAUCAUCGUGCUCUUCUUUGUGGUGGGCGUCAUCGUGGGCAAGUUGGUCUUGUAGAUGGCAGCGAAUUUUGGUCGGCCGCAGCAUGCUUUCAGGGGGAUGAAAACAAACACAGGAUCUUGGAUUUUGGAUCAGAGAUGCCAUAUCCGCUGGGUGGGGGGGGGGGGGGGGGGGGGGGGAGGAGUUUUGAUUCAGUCUCAUUUAUGUAAAAAAUUUCAAAGGUAAUGUAUGAGAAAAUAAAGAGGAAAAAACGAUUCAUCAUCUUAUCAACAAACCUACUGUUACAGGUCUUGCCUCUACGUAAUCAUCACAUAAUCAUGCUGGCCCUCUUUCCCAAAGUUUUAUGCAUACUGUGGCUGGUUAUGUGGGGUGGGGGGCAGUGGAAUCAUGAUUUAAUGCUAGUGAUCCAGACCAAUUUUCUAACACCGGCGAGGUAGUGUUGGUGCGACUGAGUCAGUUCGCAAUUGUGUGAAUGUCAUUUUAGUGUAUUGUUUCUAUUUCCUGAUGACAGAGGCCAGAGCCUAUGUAUAUGUAAUCCCCCCCCCCACUGUACAGUAUAUCCAGGUGUUCCUUCCAGCUAAGCCCCCUUUAAGGAGGGGAUUUACCAGAGAGAUAAUUCACACAGUCGGGGUUACACAGAGGGCUAUCAAACUGACUCUUGCAAUCACAGGCUUUGUAAAAUUGGAAUGUCUUUGAUUAUAGAACAACCUCUAUCAGUGUAUGAAACACUAUACCAUAGGUAUUUCCUUUCUUCGUGUUGUUUUUAUUUUCACUUUACCUUACUCCCGUCACCUGUCACUCAGUGCUCACCACGUUCCCAGUUGUCAGAGGGGGAUGUUUGAUUGCAUGCGUUCACACACAGAGUGUUGCAUCUGGAUUUUUGAAUCUAAUUUAAUUGCUUUUAUAACGGUGAUUAUAAUAUGUAAUUUGGUUGUAGGUUUGCACAACUACAUUUUCAGAUUUUCUUUUUCUUUCUCUCUUUUGUGUUUUGUUGCAGUUUUAUAAAUUAAAGUAAUUUUGUUGUUAAAGGUUGAAGCAUUUAGAAAUAUAGCAGCUACCAGGAAUGUGCUCCAUAUUUGUAGGAUUAGAUCAUUUUUGUAAAUGUCAUCCAGAUGAAAGGCUUGCCUUGUGACCUAUUUGUGCAAGUUAUUCUCAGGCCAAGAUUGAGGUGUGUGUGUAUAUAUAUAUAUAUAUAUAUAUAUAUAUAUAUAUAUAUAUAUAUAUAUAUAUAUAAAAAACACACACACACACACACACACACACACACACACAAAGCAUAUACACAUAGUGAAAAACCACAAAUGGACAGGAGUUGCAUGUAGAGGCAACUGGAUAUGUGUUUCCCUUACAACAUUAACAACACCAAGGUUCCUGUUAAGGUGUCCCCACAUAGGGACCUUGGUCUUUUCCAGCGCUUCUUUGCUCAUAUUUUCCCUUCUGAGCCAUACAUUUUAAGUUCUGUUUUGUUUGAGGCAAAUGUAUGUCAGAGUGUUUCAAGCUGCCUGCUCCAGCUCUCUGCUGCUGGUGAGUUUUGUUGGUGUUUUUUUGUCCUCCACUACAGGCCUGUGUUCAGUUUUUUUGUGUUUGUUUAGCAUUUAUCCGUUGCUUAUUAAUGUUAUAUCUUCACUGCAAUUGAAGUUAAUUUUGAAUGCACUAAGAAUAAGACUGUCUCUCCUUUUAAUCUUCCUGCUGCAUACAACAGUUGUUCUUUUCUCAAGCAAGGGGGGGGGGGGCAUACAGCCUAUCUUAUAUCCUUGAGGGGACCACCUGAUGACAUUGUACUGUUCCAGAGCUGAUGGUUAUUUUUUGGUCAAAAAUAAACUAAAACAUAAUCUCAAAUUGUUUCAUCUCCAAAUUUGCUUGAGGGGAAAAAAGCAGUGGAGAGUGUCAUUCUAUUUUGAAAUAUUUGAAGGAAAAAGAGCAGUUCAUAUUUUUAUCCUACUGUAUCCACAUAAGAUGCAGAAGUGCAUUACCCUUUGUUAAACUGAAAGGAAAAAUGACAAAAUUCCCAAAAAUUCUUUUCAUGUUAAGUAGAGUGGAAGAUGAUGGAUAGGAAUGGCGGUAAGAAAUUAAAAAAUACAUGAGCUUGUGUUUCUACUGUAACUCUGUAAAAUUGUUGGGUUGAGGAUGACUUGCUGCUUAGAGGGAGGGCAGAGCAGACCGGAGCUACAGUCCCAUCUUGGGUUAUCAGACCUGGGUCAAAUAGCACUUGCAGAAAAUUAUUCUUGUUCAGUGAGUUUUGGUUGGAGUACAUUUUACACACACAAAAAAAUAAUAAAUAUAAAUAUAUAUAUAUAUAUACCCGAAUAUACUGUUAUGUGAUUCAUAAUUCACCAAUGUCUUGCUCUGACGCAAUAAUCUCCACCAAUGUGGUACUCCAAGUAGGACUAAACAAACAAUAAUAAUUACAUGUGACUACUAAUUGAUCCAGGCCCGGUUGUAAAAUGCACUACACUGACCUGUUCUGGAGUCUGACCGUCACCGUGAUCAAUGUAAGCAGUCGGCAUACUGUUUUGUAUGUAUAUAAAUAAAUAAAUAAGUCUAUCUGAGAAGAUUAAUAUUCCUAGUUCAAGUAGUCUAUCUGGUGUAUAAAAACAACCCAACCUGGUUGGACUAUGUAGCAUCUUAAUAAAUUAAAUGAAUAAAGCACCUA